CAAGCCGUCAGACUAAUUUGCUUUUCCCUGUAUACACAUAUCAGCAAAAAUUGAUUACAAAUUAAUUGACAGAUAUCGCCAGUUUGCUGGAUACUGGGCGCUAUUAAAGUAGCCAAUCGCCCAGCUAUCCAUUCGAAGCCGUCAAAUCGCCACCACGGCGAAAAAUCACCACGCCUGGCAACCCUGCACGGAGCCGAUGCUCUUCCUCAUCUAUGACAGAUGUCAUGUAUAGAACCGUUUGCCCAACUUUUCAAAAAUAAAACCGUCAAAAUCGGUCAACGGAUAUUGUUUAGUUUUCUCACAAAAUAUAAAUAAAAAAUGGAUAAUAUUUGGGAACGAACGCUAGUGGACUGGGUGAAUUGUCUGAAACUGCAAAAACCUAUUUCUAACCUCGACGAACUAAAGGAUGGAAUAUUUUUCAAGAAUCUUCAAAAAGUUAUGAAAAGUCCAGAAGUGGUGAACACGGACGUACUUACAUGUAUUUUCCACAUUUUCAAGAAACAUUACCCAAAAUUGACAAUAUAUGAGAGGAUUAAUGUACACCUCACUGACCUGAAGAAUGAUGAAUUGAAGUUAUUAACUUCAAUGCUGAUGCAUUACACUUGCAUCUAUGAUAGACAAGAUGUACUGACCUCACCACUGUGUCACAGCUUGAAAGCACAAACACAAACAUCUAUCAAGUUUUUCCUUGAGAAGGUUCAAGAAUGCCCCUCCUUAACAAACGACGAUCUGAUGAAAAUAAUACAACAGUGCACAGAAGAAAAUAUGGAACAACCAAAUUGCCUCAAUUUUAUGGCAAACAGUGCUGAUGCCUCCAAGAAAAGUCCUUUGUAUGAUAUUUUCAAAACGCCAAUGUCUAAACGCAUAAAGAUAUUCGAAAAAGAUAAGGAAAUCUCGCAUCUGAAAGCUACUUUAGAAGUUGCCCAGGAGGAAAAGGAUGACUUGGAAGAUGUUCUCAAGAGACACGUGGAAAGAAACAAAAAAUUGGAGAAACAACUGGAGCAAAAAAAUGCAGAGAUCUCGAGGUUGAAAAGUGAAAUAGUCGCUCUAGAAAAUCGUACCCCACCGCACUUUCGAGACAUCGAUGCUGUAGAAACGGAAAGAAUCUUGAAAACACAAAUAGACAGCUUGGAAAAAAUUAUUGAACGUUGCGAUAUAGAAAAUCAAGAACUUCAGGAUGAUAGGAACUCUGAGAAGACCAGGGCAAAAAUGUUCGAAUCGCAGUGCAAAACAUGGAUGGAAAAAUUCUUAGAUGCCGAGAAAAAAUUACAGUCUCUUACUGAGCACUCUGACGAGCAAGAAUCUAAACUUAACAGCCUGAAAAAACACUGUGAGGAGCUGGAGGCCUUAUUGCAGGAAUACAAACCUAAAAAUAGCGGCGAAGAAAGCUUUAUCGAGGAUAGUUUCCAGUUGGCUCCCGCAACAAAAAGACGAUCAGACAAUUAUUAUACGUCGCUUGAAGACCUCGCGCAUUCAGUGGUUGAUUUGCAAUUGAAAGAGAAGGAAAAAGAAAAUGAGGAGUUUCGAUCAGCACUUGAUGACACCCGAAGAAGAUUGGAAGACGCUAUGAAGGAAAACGCGAACUGCAGAAAUGAAAUCGAAACGUUGACGAACGAAAAUGGGGACUUGAAGGAUCAACUGCAGAAAGUUGUGACAGAGUAUGAUAUUAUGAACAAUAAAAUGGAAGAAGCUUUAAGGGAAAAUGAUAAAUUUAGGAGCGAAAUCGAAAUACUUAGGGCCGAAAAUGAGAAUCUGAAAUGCCAGAAGGAACAGUUGAUGAUGAAAUAUACAGAGCUAACACAUCAGAAGGAGACGAUUCAGAGAAAACUUGAGGAGUACAUCCAAAUCUGUGACGAGGCCCAUAAAAAGCUGGAAGAUGCUCUGAUUGAAAACAGACUGUGUCAGAGUGAAAUUGAGACCUUGAAAGUCAAACAUGAAAACUUGCAGGACCAAGUAGAACAAAUGCGUUCGGAAAAUACGGACUUGAAUAAUAGGUAUGAAGCAAUGGAAAGAGAAUUAGAAGUCUACGUUCAAACAUGUAGGAUUCUUGAAAAUAAUUUGGAGAAUCUCAAAAUAGAAAAAGAACAGUUGAGUGAGGAAAAAGUACAAAUUUUAGAAGAUCUUGUAGAUUCUGUGACGAAACUAAAACUAAGUAAAGUUGAACUGGAGAAUGUUACAAAGGAAAAAGAGUUGGUUGAUACUGACUUACAAGAGGCAAUGAGUAAAUGUAAUGAUUUGGAAAAGAAUUUAGAGAAAUUGAGUGAACACAGUGAAGCUAUGCAGAAGACAAACAAUCACUUACAGGAAAAAAUUGCAUCACUUGAAUCAGCUCUUGUCCAGGUCAACCAAGGCAAAGACAAUUUGGAGUCCAAAAUUGAAGAAAUUGAGUCGGCAAUAGUUAAAAGGGAUGAAACCAUAGAACAAAUGAAGCAAGAAUUAAAUUCUCUAGAAGAACAUAAUCAAGCAAUCGAGUUUGAAAACGCCGAAUUGAAAACUUGCAAAGAUAAAGUCAAUCGGACAUUGAAAAGUUUUUGUGGAAGCUAUAGACAACAACUGCACUCUCUGAAGAAUGAAAAAAUAAACCUACAAAAAAAUACAAAAUCCACGUUAGAAAAUAUUGCUUAUAUUUUACGAACGUUGUACAAAGAAACUGGAGAACUGCUUGCUGAAAAAUAUGAAUGUUCUCUCAAGCUUAAGGAGGAAAUUGAAGAAAAGACAAAGGCGCUAUCAAAUCUUGAAAAAAUGAAGAAUGAUAACAACGACGUUAGCAGGCAACUAGAUGAAUCUAAUCAAGCAAACUUGGAACUUAAACAUGAGAUUGGACGGCUGACAAGUAAGUGUGAUGCAUUGCUUAUUGAAUUAGAUGAAACAAGAAGUGACAUGGAUGAAAGGAUUCUGGGCUAUGAGAAAAAUGUUGCCCAUCUGUCUAGCCAAAUAGCUUCACUGGAAAAUGAAAAACAGGAAGCUGAAGCUGAGCGUAUCAGAUUAAUGGAAGAACUAAAUAGAGCUGAAGCUGAGUUGGAACAAUUUAUCGAAAAUUGUAAUAAGCUUACCAAAGAAAACUCGUCGCUGCAAGAAGGUGUAAGUUCGUUAAAACUCAAGUUAGAUGAAGAAUCCUCUAUGAAUAACGAAUAUGUGCAACGAGUGGAGAAUCUCACUGCUGACCAAGCAACACUGGCAGAAAAAUACCAGGUGACUAUUAAAGAAAAGGACUUAUUAUCUCAGAUGUUAUGCGAGAUUUCUACUGAGAAGGAUGUGUUAGAAGGGAAACUGCGUAAAACAACAUUAGAAUUGCAGAAUACAAUAUCUCAGAAUAUGGACGCAAUAUCUAAACUUGAACAGACACUUGCAGAACAAAGGGAUAAACUGGAUAGUGUUCUUAAUGAGAAGCUCGAACUUUCCAGCGAGUUAGAUGCCCUUACAAAGGAAUUUGAAGAGACUACUGAGAAAAAUAGUGAAUUAUGUAAAUCUAUGAAAAAUGAUAUGAAUCAAUUAAGAUCAGAAAAGGACCACAUGAUAACAGAAAACGAAAACAUUUCAAGAGCUCUGCAAGAACAACAACAGAGCUUUGAAUCCCUGAAGUCCCGAUAUGACGAAUCUUCAGAAAAAUGCCAACAACUUCUAGCAGAGAAGGAACUGUUGGCACACGAAUUAUCUGAAAUUACUGCCGUGAAAGAAGGUUUAGAGAUUCAAUUAAAGUCUCUAGAACAGACUAUUGUUAAAUUUGAAGUAAAAACAAUAGAGCUAACCAACAGUUUGGACAUAAAAACGGACGAAUACCAUAGGUGUGCAGAUGAGAGAGAUGAAUUAAAACUAGAAAUUGAUAAGAGAGAGUCGGACUUGCAGCAUUUACUUUCUGAAAAAGAAAUGGUGAAAGCAAAAUUAGACAGUCAAUUAGAAGAAUGUUAUAGAAAGAACGAGGAAUUGACCAAACAGUUAUCAGAAGUUUCUACCCAAAAGGAUGAACUUGAAGUGGAGUUGGGCGAUCUGAAACAGAAAAUGCAUGAAAAUCAGGAAGUAACAAAGAAACUAGACAAUGAAAUUACAGAACUGAAUCAAAAAUUAGAUGCAAACAAUAAAGAUUAUCAAGCAAGCUUGAAUGAAAGGCAACAUUUGUCCAACCAAGUAUCUGAGCUUGUCUCAGAAAGGGACAGUUUAGGAGUUCAGAUGGCGGAGUUGAAAUUAGAGUUAGAAAAAUUGUUCUCAGAAAAACAAGAUUUACAAGUUGUAUUGGAACGUGAAAUAGGUAACCUCGAGAGUAAGCUUAUUAUCACAGAAACUGAUUAUCAAAACAUUAAGGAAGAAAAAGAUCAGCUAACUGACCAGGUCUCUGUGAUGUACUCUGAAAAAACAUUUUUGGAAAGCGAGUUGAGUACAUUAAAAGUAGAUUUACAGAAUUUAUUAUUUGAGAGCAAAGAAAAUACGAACAGAUUUGAGGAACUGCUCAAGAAACUGAAAAAUGAAAUGGAAACUCUAAAUGGAGAGAAGUGUAGUCUGACUGAGGAAUUGCAAGAUCAGAAAAAAGCAUUUUCUUCGCAUCGAGAGAAGUGUUUUGCUGAGCAGCAAUUCAUAAGCAAUGAAGUGGUUAUUUUGAGGGAUCAACAUUCACAGCUAAGUGAUCAAGUCAAACAGUUCAUAGAAGAGACUAAAAAUGUAGAAGUCGUUAAAAAAUUGAUUCAUGAUAUUCUGGAAAGGUAUACAGAAACUUGCAGCUUGGUGACUAAAUUACAAAGUGAGAACGAACAGCUGAAUGUGGAAAAUAAGAACAUUUCUGAAGAAUUUAGAAAUGCCAAAUUACAUAUUGAUGUGAUUUUGCAAAAGAAGGAUGGUUUAGAGAAAAAGAUUGAGGUAUUGCAAUUAGAUAGCUUGAAAUUGCAACAGAGACUAUGUGAUCGAGAGCGUGAAUUGGAAUUAGUGACCACGGAAAAUGAACAAGUUAGAAAAAAUCACCUGGCAGAUUCUGAAUCAUUUAAUAAACAGACGAAAUUUUAUGAAGAAGAAAUACUUAAAACAGUGUUAGAAAACACGGAACUUAAAAAUAUAAAAACAAGGUUUCUGAUGAACUUAAAAAUUACGUGGAUUUCUGUAAGAAAUAUAAACAAGAUAUUUCAGAUUUAAAAACGCAUAACUCUCAAGUUGUGAAUAAUAUGAGCAGUACAUUUGAUGAAAUGACAGAAGCUUUGCGAACAUUGGCCAUUGAAGCAAAUAACUUAGCAGGUGAUAAAAAGAAACUUACGAAUCAGUUAAACAGAAUCACACAGGAAAAGUUCAAGCUAGAAAAUGUAAUAGAAGAAAUGAAUUGUGAACAUACCACCUUGAUUCAUGAAUUGGAAAAUGUGAUCUCUGAUAAAAACAUCAAACUGAAGGAGUGUGAAAAAAUGCUUUACAAAAAAUCUGACGAACUGAAAUCGGCAAGCCUCGAGAAGCAAGAAUUAGAACUGAAAAAAGAUGAGAUGAACGAAAAGCUCCUAAAUGCUCUAAACAAAAUUACACAUUUAGAUAGUGAGGUUGAAAAGCUACAUUUAGAAGUUUGUGAGUACAAGAAAAUCAAGGAUCAAUUACAGCAAGAGAAAGCAGAGGAUAUUAAAAAUCUAGAAUAUGCAUCAAUACAGAAAAACAUAUUGGAACAAGAGUUGCAAGAAGCGAUUUCUUCAAAUGAAUGCUUGAAAAAAGACCUAGAAACUAUAAAGGAAGGGAAAGGCAAAGAAAUUGCUAUUAUUUCUACGAAGUUAGAAAGUUCAGAGAAACAGUACUGCAAAUUACUGGAAGAGAAAGAGAUUCUUAAAAAAGAAUUACAAAUUUAUGUUGAUUCUUGUAACAAUUUGGUUAAGCAGAUAGAGGAACUCAAAAGUGAGAAGCAGCAAUUGCUCAAAGAAAGUGAGAUUCAACUGAAGCAAAUUGAAAGCCUAGCCAACAUGGAUCAGAUGAAUAAAGAGCAAAUUGACAAAGCUGCGAAAGAAAAAGAAGAAUUAAGUGCAAAACUAGAGGCAAUUGAAUCAGAAAAGUCUGACAUCUUAACUUCAUCCGAAGCAGUGGUUGCAGAAAAGAAUGUCGCCACAAACACGUUGAUGUAUAUUUCGAAUAAAAUCCAGGAGCUUACUGACAAAUUAGGAUUAACAAGUAACAUGCAAACGAGUGUUCAAAACAUAGAGCAACUCGAUUGUCAAGAGAUUUUCGAAAACUUAGACGCCAUCUCUGGUAAGAUGGAUGUUAUGCUGAAAGAAAGAGAUGUAUUCGAGGUUGUUGACAAACUUUCCGAGGAAAAAGCAGACUUGAUCCAGACGCUGGAGAUCACCAUGUCGGAUUUAAGGAAAGCUUUAUACGAAAAAACGAAUCUGGCAGAAUCUUUGGAUAGUGUAACCAAAGAACUAGAUAAACUGUCCAUUGAGAAGCAUAACUUGUGUGAGGAGUUAGAGAUGCAGAGGAGAGAACUAGUCAAGGUGAAAAAAGAGAGAAACGACAUCCUGGAAAGUCAGGCAGCAGUGUUGAAAGAAACGGAAAGCAAUAUAAGGUUAGCGCACGAAAGCGCCGUAGAUAUUAAAAACGAUUUAUCCCGAAGGAUCGACGUGUUAGAAAAGGAAAAACAGAACGUCAAAAAGCACCUAGAAGCUGAUUUGCAGAGAAUCAGAGAAGCAUACUCCAAAGUAGUGAGCACAAACUCGAAACUGGAGUUGGAAACGGUUAAUUUGAGGAGGAAGAUCGAAGAAAAGAACGAACGUUUGACGGACUACACGCAAAUUAAAGAAGCGUACGAGAAGCUCUUGGAAGAGAACAGCAAGUUGAUGACUGAAGUGGAUACGUUGAAGUACAAGAGAUCACGCGACCGGGAAGAAUUUGUGAAUAUCGUGAAGAAAGAAAGGGCUGAAGCAGUGCAACGGGAGAAUAGGAAGAUCAGGGAGAUCAAAAACGAAUACGAGAAGAAGCUGGAAAAAAUGAAGGAGAGAAUGCUAAAUCUAUACAAAGAAGAAGUUAACAAGGGGAUGCAAAAAGUAAAAGAUGGGCACGACGAAAGCACGUUUCUCCAUCGAACAGUUGAAGAUCUGAGACAGAGUCUAGCAGAAGCGGAAGAAAAGGUUCAGUUGUUGGAAACCGAGCUAGAGAUGUUCAAGAUCAAGGAAGCGCAAAUGCAGAAGGUUACUUUUGCUUCUCGGGAUUCUAUCAGAUCAGUUAACGACUUGCCUCUAGACUCCAUCCGACCUAGUGGAAGUCUCCAGUCAUUAGGACGCGGGGAUAGAAUGAUGCCAGCCCCGAGUUCUACUCAAUUGAGUAGAAAAGUGAAAAGUGCAGCUAUAAUGCAGAGCGUUUCACAGAAAGUGACUAAUAAUGUCCAAGACAGGAAGCUUUCGACACUGCCUCGAGCAAGGGUUGAUAUUGAAGAGACCGUGACGGUGUCCAGGAGGACAUCUAUUGGCGUUGAAAGAGUUGGGCAAAAUUUGGAAAUGGAAGAUGAAGAGGACGACUUCAACAACAAAUAUUUGGCGGAUCUAAAGGCUGGACGAUGUGCUAUUGCGUACGGAAAUGGAUCCAAUGUUAACAGGAUGUCAGAGUUGGCUUGGCGAAAUUCUUUGGUACCUCCGCAUUUGAAAUCGUCAUAUCCUGCAGAAACCCAAUUUAUCAGCCCUGGACAUUUCAAAGAGGACGAUAUAAAAACAGGCAAUAUAGAGUUGGACGACAGCCUUUGCAAACUGCUGCCCGGCGAAAAACCGCGUCAGAAGAAAGAUUUCGGGACUACGUCGUACAAAAAGCCGGGUCCGCCAACUCCCAGUAGAAAUGGAGGACGACUUUCCCUGCAAGGCAACGAAGUGCAACCCUUGAGGGAUCACAACGAAAGGACACCCAAGAAAACGACAACACCCAGUAGAAUCAAGGCUCUGUUCAUGGGGAAGACCAGCUCCAAAGAAAAUUCGGAUAGCCAGAAUAUAACCCCAGGUUCAAACAGGCGGCUGAGUAUUUUCAGAAAACAGAAGCAGUGAGUUUGUACUUGUGUAUACUUUAUUUUGGAUACAGUAUUUUCUAAUUUUAGAAUGUAUACAGCUUUUAUUGCACGCUCUGUUCCACUAUUUUUUAAGUCUAUAACACAAUAUAUUUUUGGUUUUAUAAAUCUGCUGUUUCUUUGUCGUGCAAAAUGGCAUACGUUGAUUCUGCA